UCGCUGAUAAUCUAGGUUAAAUUUAGUUUGCCUAGCUACCUGUGCUCGUUUGGAAGCCUUGGGCACACACGCCAAUUAGCAUAGAUACAUUCACUUAAUACCAUUGAGAUGAUAUUAGUCAACUCCGACCUACUAGGUAGUUAUACAGUACUAUACACUAACACCAAAAACUUUGUCUGCGAUGCCCAGCUUAUGCUGUUUGCGUGAACCGCAAACACAGCGUAGGCUAACCUUGCACAAGGUCGUCGCGUGGUAAGCCUCGUUUUCCUGAGACCGGUUUGCGGGUAGCACGUGGACCUAACAUCCAUGGAUGUUGUCCUUCGCUGUGAUCCGUAUAAUAUCUUUGAAAGCGGGAUAUUUAACAACGUCCCGAUGUUCCAUCAAUAUAUGAUGUGUAAUAGACGCGUGUAAAUUGCCGCGAUAGUUAUGCGCUAUCUAUGAUGAUAUCGUCUUUCUACCCGUUUUCUGCCGGGUUUCAUUUUGGCUCGAAGUGGUCUGCGGCACGGCGGCAACGAGGCGCCUAAUAGUGAUGAAAAUAUCUUUCUAUUUGGUGUUCUUGAUAUUUGCGCAACAGUCUUGGCUUUUUGUGGUCUCUCCAUCGGUCAAACCAAAUGUUUGUGAGGGACUAGAAGCCGAGGAUCAACUUGACAUUGCCCGCUCGGGUAGAGAACCGAAAGGCUUCUUCGAAAGCACCCGCCCUUGUAUGUGGUCGUUUAGAUACGCGGCUAGUGAGCGAUCGACUGAUGGAAUGAUAGGCGAAUUCGCCUGGGUUCCGCUUAUCGCGUGGGCACAAUAUCUGGGAUGGUUGAUAUGCUUGAUCGAAUGUGUGGAGAAAUGCGACUUGAUUUCCAAGGAAUGGCGCUCAUUGUCAUUUAUUAUAAAUGACGCUAUACAGCUUCGGCGGCUAGGAAAAAGGGGGAUGCCGAUGAAAAUCGUUGACACAAUGUAUGCCAAGCUUUGCCGGCAUAUUGAAAUCAGGGGUCAAUCAGGGGAAUCUCAUCAAUGACUUGUCAAACGUUCGCCCAACGUAAAUUGAUCACGCUGCGGCUGAACUUUUUAAUGCCCGCCAUGCCGACUUCUAUUGCGUCGUUGCAUGACACCCCCACUGGAAAUUUAUAUAGGGCCAUUUUGUAUAUGUACUGAAAGAUUAGUAUAUUGCCAUUCACUUGUAUGUUUGGCUUAGGCAUUGUCUGGAAGACAAUUUCCGAAGAACGCGCAUAGCGACAUGAGGACGAUGAGGUAGGCGCAACAUAUUUCCCUUGUCGCUUUGGCGUUCCAACGUCUGCUUGCGGCUUCGGAGAAUGCCGAAUUUGUUGAGACUGUUAACUAUUGCUUAGUGUCGGACAGUACCGAUUUCGGGUAAAUGGUUGGAUUAUAAUGCUUUGGGGCGCUGCUGGUGGCCUUCAUGUAGUACGUUGGUAUGUACCGUUGCAGUCACGUCGACUCUACCCGAGUUAAGAGACACCUUAUUACUAGACCACAU